UUCUUAACCUCAAUAUUUUGGUGAAGUUGGUGGAAAUAUGGUGGAAAUGUUCAAUUUACUUUUUAUUUUAGUAUGUGUAAUAUUCGCUAUACUAUUAGGCAAACUAAUAAAUGUAGAUAUCACCAGAAAACCAAGAAUAUUGGCCCGAACUUGGGGUCAUAUUGACCAAGGAAAUUUUACGUAUAUCUAUUUAACGUUCCAAGGGCCAGUUAUUUUAAACUUAUCCUCUUUAUCUGGUGAUGCAGAUUUGUAUAUAUCAGAUAAUAAUAUGUAUCCAACAUUUGAUGCAGAUACAUAUACAUUGCAUUCUGCUACUUGUGGACAAGAUAUUAUAGAAGUACCUGAAAUAGUUCAAGUACCUUUAGCUGUAGGUAUAUAUGGGUAUUCAGAAAUGAGUGAGUUUAUAUUGGAAGUACAUGAGAAUUUAAAUUCAUCCUACCCAUAUAAACAGUGGGCUAUUAUACAGGAGGAAGGAGAUGUUCAAUCGAUCAAGCCAGAAAAGAAUACCGAAGGAACUAAUAAGAGAGAUACCAUUUCACAGGUUCCAAAAAAGAAAAAAAGGAGAAAAACAGACUCCGAUUUUUCAACUAUAUUUUCAAUCUUAGAAGUUUUAGAAUUAAUAUUUCUUUGAUUGACUAUAUUUACUUUAUAGAUGAUUAUUAAGUGCCUUAAAACAAGUUGAAACAGUUAGAUUUUACUAGGCUUCAGAUUUUGGCAUGUUAACUUGAAGUUAUAUUAUAAAAUUAGUACCUACUUAAAUUCUAAAAAAUGCUAGUUUAUAUAGCUUUGAUACAAAACUUUGAUACUUGCCUUGAUACUGUUGAUUAUAAUUUUUAGUGGGUAUAUUGUCAAUGUCCCAUGCUAAAUUCUGAAAUUUGUUAUACAUAUAAAUAUUGUGAUAAUUGUCGAUGGAUUAAAAUAAGAUAUAAACAUUUAUUCUUACAUCUUAUAGAUAUAUUCAUAUAAUGUAUACAUCAGUGUUUUACAUCUAGUCACUUUGUAAUAAUACACAUGGAAAACUAAUAAACAUUUCAUUUAUUCCCUUUAA